AUGGGGAUUGUUCCUCUGAACCUUGUACCUCCAUUGCCCUGGUGUGUCCACCGCACCUUGAAAAGGAGUUUUGCCAGGGAAGAGUUAAUCAUCUUGGAAAGUGACUUGGAGGUCAAGGGGCAGCCUCCAUCCUCACGGGGUGGAAGAAAUGGAACAAUGGCAAGUGAUUUGAAUAGAACUGAAGUUGCCAAGUUUCUCCUCAUGGGAUUUUCAGACAUCUGGGAGAUUCAGAUAAUGCAUGCUAUUCUAUUUUUACUAGUCUACCUGUUAGCUCUCAUGGGAAAUCUCCUAAUUGUCACACUCACCACUCUAGAUGUUCACCUGAAAACCCCAAUGUAUUUCUUUUUGAGAAACUUGUCUUUUUUAGAUUUUUGCUAUGUCUCUGUCACAGUCUCCAAAUCUAUUGUCAACUCUUUGACUCGUGCUACCUCCAUUUCUUUCAUUGGUUGUGCUCUGCAAGUCUUCUUUUUCAUUGACUUGGCAUCUACUGAGAUAGCCAUCCUUACAGUGAUGUCCUAUGACCGCUAUGUGGCCAUCUGCCAGCCCUUACACUAUGAGGUCAUCAUGAAUCAAGGUAACUGUGUGAGGAUGAUGGCCAUGUCAUGGCUCAGUGGGACAAUCUGUGGACUCAUGCAUGUAACUGCUACCUUCUCAUUGCCAUUCUGUGGGUCUAACAGGGUAAAUCAAUUUUUCUGUGAUAUCCCACAGCUUCUAAGUCUCUUAGAUCCCAAUGAUAUCAUCAUUGAGAUAGGAGUCAUGGUUUUUAUCACAAGUCUUGUGAUUAUCUGUUUUGUUUCAAUUACUCUCUCCUAUGUAUAUAUUUUUUCUACAAUCCUGAGGAUUCCAUCUAAAGAGGGGCGGUCAAAGACCUUUUCCACUUGCGUUCCCCAUCUUGUAGUUGUUACACUCUUUAUGAUAUCUGGUAGCAUUGCUUAUGUGAAGCCAAUCUCUAGUUCUCCCUCAGUUUUGGAUCUGUUCCUUUCUGUAUUCUAUACAGUUGUGCCCCCCACCUUAAACCCCAUCAUCUAUAGUCUGAGAAAUAAGGACAUGAAGGCAGCCUUGAGGAGGCAGUAUUUCAGGUUAGAAAUGUAA